ACACUUCUUUCAUUAUGAACACGACCAGCAACAUCCCACCCAAUGGUGUUGGGGCGCUCCUCUUUACGCCACUAUUUGCUGUAAAUGCCGUCUUUGUCAGUGUAUUUGCUGUACUACUAUUCGUACAAUUAAUUCUUACUGUUUUCUUUUGGCGCGUCUACGGCUAUGCGAUAGGGAUGGUGGACGGUCUCCUCCUAGAGCUUCUAGGAUACGUAGCCAAGGUUCUUCUCUUCCAUAACCGAGAAAACAAGAACGGAUACAUUAUGUACAUCAUUGGCCUAACCCUCGGUCCUACUUUCCUCUCGUCGUCAUUGUACCUUACCAUCGUUGUGUUGCAAAGACACUACCCCGAAGCCCGGUUCGCUUACGUUAGGCCACGACUUUUCGCUACUCUUUUUAUACUUGGGGAUUUCAUAUGUCUAUGCUUGAUCGGUGUUGGGGGAUCCAUUGCUGCUAUCUACGCAGACAAGCCAAUUGGUGUUGAUCUUAUGAUUGGAGGACUCUCGACGCAAGUGUUGUUUACGGCAAUAUUUUGCACCCUUGUCGCCAUUAUGCAUCGAAGAAUCCGUAAAAGUGCAGAUGCUGAAGCUGGAAACUGGUUUAUGCUAGUCAACGUUGUAGGUGCUAGCGUUGCUGCCGCUUGUCUCUUUAUUCGCUCCUGUUGGCGCGUUGCUGAACUGAGCAAAGGUUUCAACGGUCCCCUGGCAUCAGACGAAGGUGUGUUCAUUGCUCUCGACAGCAUCCCCAUAAUCAUUAUGUCUAUUCUACUCACAAUGCUUCAUCCCGAGUUUUGGUUUAGCAAAUACUAUGUUAGGGUUCGCUCUCGCUGCAACCCUACAGUUCUUGGCGCUCUGGAUAUCCCUGCUUUGCGAAUGUCUCAACGCUUCUUUGUUGCUGUAAGGAACUGACUGUGAAGGCCCAAGCAAUAUUAUAUUGGAAGCUAUGAACAAGAAAACUAAGCAUGGAGGGAGAAAGAAGAAGCUAUCAACAUGAAGCUAUCUCAGGCUCAGGGGCUUGAUAUGUUAAAGCGGCGCCGCCGAACGCCCGUCACCGCACAAAUCUGUUACCUAUAUCCUACCUAGGUAUC